AUGUCGGUUUGGGCGUCGUCGUCAUCGGCAAUGGCGCGACAGCAUUGUCGGCCAUGCAUGGUUUACUUUUGCAGCAUGGCAACAGCGCAUGCGGCGGCAUGCAGCUCUCUACUCGCUCCGCGCUGCAGCAUUCAGCCAACUGACAACCGACCAUGAUGGCAAAAGUUCUGCCAACGUGUACCAGGAGUAGAGUGAAUAAAGCGCCGCGCAACUGGCGCCUACCGAGUGAGUCUCUUGGCCAUCUUAGCGGUGCGUCCUUCGAAGUUUGCUACUUCUAUUUCAGCCUUCAUCUCGGCGCAGUCAGGAGGCUGUUUUCCGCAGCUUUCUUUGCCGAUUUGGACGACCAAGAAAGUAUCCAUAGAAUAGGAGUAUAUCGCUUCUUGCUGCUCCGUGCUCUCCGUAGUUUCUUUCCAGAGUACUAUAGCGUCGAUAAUAUCACUAUCAACAUGCUGUCGCAAGCUCUCAGCGCGAAUGUGUUAUCUCCACCGUCGGUACGAUUUUCCACCCAGGCGCACCAGAGCUGGCGUGCAACUGGUAACAACCAUGGCGGCGGCACAGGGUAUCCACGUCAGCUCCACGUCAGCAGGCGUAUGGCAGGAGGACGCUCGGUGGUCGUGAUGACCGCCACGGAUCCGAGCCACGUGGCGCGCGGAGAGCCUGCCACGAAGAAUAAAACGGAAUCUCAACCGGCGUUCGCUGAGAAGGAGGGUGUGAUUGAAGGGAAGGCCGUUCUAGCGAAGAUUUCGCUGCUGCCACCAGAGCCUCCUAACAGACUCACGGAGCUCUUUGACAAGGAAGGACAAUCCGCGUGGAUCGACAACUUGACCCGUGAUUGGGUGGCGUCGGGUCAUCUGAAGGAGCUCGUCCGACGUGGCAUUAGAGGCAUCACCAGCAACCCCACCAUCUUCGAGAAGGCGAUACGCAGGACGGACGUGUACGACCAGCAGCUCCGGAACAUCUUGUAUCGCGAGGGGGUGCUUCUGGGGGGGGGAGCGGCAGAGAGCCAUGGGGAGGUGGAGAGGGGGGUGGUGGAGGGGGCUUAUUGGGAGAUGGUGAGGCAAGACAUUGGCACCGCUGCUGCUGCGUUAGAAGAGCUGUUCCGUGCUUCCAACGGAGGCGAUGGGUUUGUCUCCCUUGAGGUGUCACCGAAGCUAGCCUACGACGCGGCAGGUUCGGUGGCACUGGCUCGGGAGCUGCACGCGGACCUGGCUCGGCCGAACCUGAUGGUCAAGAUUCCCGCCACCGAACCUGGCGUGGCUGCGAUUCGAGAGAUGAUUGGCCGGCGGAAAAACAUCAACGCCACACUCAUCUUUUCGCUGACUCGCUACAGUGAGGUGAUGGAGGCCUACGUGGCAGGCCUGGAGGACGCCGUGGCAACUGCCAACGUGGCAUCUGAGCUGUCAGCAGCAGCGUCUGACUCAGCAGCAGGAGCCCUGCCACGUGUCGACCUCUCCUCUGUUUCUUCAGUGGCUUCGUUCUUUGUCUCUCGGGUUGAUAGUGCCGUGGACAAACGUCUCAAGGCCAUAAGGACAGACGAGGCCGGAGCACUAAUUGGCAAGGCAGCUGUGGCUCAGGCAGUGGUGGCGUAUGACAUGUUUAAAGCCAAGUUCAGCGGACCCAGGUGGAGGGCAUUGGAGCAGUUGGGAGCACAGGUGCAGCGUCCAUUGUGGGCGUCAACGGGAGUGAAAGAUCCAUCGUUUCCGGACACAAAGUACAUUGAUGCUCUGAUUGGCCCGCACUCUGUCAACACCAUGCCCGACGCCACCCUGCUUGCCUUUGCCGACCAUGGGAAGGUGAAGCGUACUGUAGACGCUGACGUGGAUGCUGCCUACGAUGUGCUGGAUCGUCUCAAGGCUGUUGGUGUGGACAUGGAGGAGGUUGCCAAGGAGCUGGAGGAGGAUGGUGUAGCCAAGUUUGCUGCAUCGUUUGAUGACCUGCUGGCUGCACUUCAGCGCAAGGCUACAAUGAUACGUGGUGCAAGCAUCAACUAGGCUUGCAACGUUUGGUCUCAAGAUGUCUUGCUAGAGGUUGUGCCGACACUUUGUACAUUUCUGUAAUUAUUUUGGCUCGGCACAAUUUUCUCACUUCGCGACGUUUUCAUGUGCCGGUAGGUACCGGUACUAUUUUUUAGCGUGCAUCCUGCUUUUACCACCUUUGCUAUUUUAGCCUCUAGUUUUUAAACAACAG